AUGCAGAUCAGCUGGUGUUGCUGUUGGAUGAGACGUACUUCGGACGCCUGUGGUGUAUCUAUGGAACUGGCGGUCCACAGCAAGGCGGGCUCGGGUCUUGCUGAGCUGGUUCCGACGUGGAUGCCUAUCUGGGCGUUUCCCAUCGUUUGCUGUCAACUGGUGCUGGGUUCGAUUGCAAGUGGCAACGCUUUACCCCAAAUGGACACCGCAUCGAGACGUUCUCUCUUCAUUUCGGUGAUGAGCUACAGUUUCUUUCCGCCGCAGGCAUAUCUUUUCAUGGGAUUGGCGCUAUCAUGGCUCUUCUUCCAGAAAUUGAAGCACCACAAGAGUAUGUUGGAUCGGAUGUCCGAGUUCGAUUUCCGCAAUGCCAAGUGCACCCUGGAGACGGACCGUCUAGCCAUUGAGGAGCAGGUGUUGAGUCUUUUCGACGAGGCCUUGGAACCUGCCAUUUCUGUAGCCUUCGAUGCUGAAAUGGACACGGAAGCCGAAGCGGUGACCGCGCUGCUGCCGGAGACGCUUCGCGAAAUUCGGCACAUCACCAGUUACCCCACGAAUGACCAAAUCAUUGACCAGUUCAAUGCCUAUGUCAGGGGCCCCCUGCGAGACAACGUGGUCAAACGCUUGGGCAAAGAGGACUACGUCUCGUUGCAGUUGUGUGUGGCUGUGAACCUGCCGUUGUUCUGUGCUGCCCUUCUCUAUCUUCUCGGAUGCGAUGGGCAUGCGGAGUGUGAGACAUCCGCCUCAUAUGCGGGCUUUUCGAGUGUGUCGCAGUAUAUGUGGACCAACUGUAUCUUUUGGGUAUUUCUUGCUCCCGUUGGCUCGGUUUUGGAGAUUCCCCUACAGCUCAUAACCUGCAAGUGGGUUGUGGACAGAGUCCCUGAUGGAAAACUUCGAUGGAUCUCUGGGACAUGCCUCUGCUCGAUGGUGCUGUACCUCUGCGACUGCCUCAUAUUGUCCCAGCGGGCCAUCUUGACGGUGACGAUGGUGAAGUUUUCGCCGGUUUGGCUCGGUGUUUUGGUGGUCAGUGUCCUGCUGGACUUUGGGUUGGUGUGGUUUCUGUUUUUCUGGAAGCAGCAUCCCAGCACCAGCCAGACUCAGCGCGCUCUGGUGAGAUGA